UCUGGGGCCGGUCUAGCCCGCCGCUUGAGUUGUCUAUGGUGACCUUUGGAAGUUGCUGGAUGACUGGGGUGUGCAGGUGGGAGUAGCGGUGUCUGCGGAGACAGCUGCUAUGGGUGAGAGCUCGGGACACCCGGUCACUGGUCAGGUGGUCAUGAAGAAGGGCGGCGGGGACCCAGUGUUUGAUUACCCGGAUGAAGCUGACCUGAUGCUGGACGAGUCCGAUUCACCGUCUUACUGCCAAAUGGUUAAAGACAGAGGUCGAGUCCCAAGUUUGUUCUAUGUGACCAAAGUCCCCAACCAGCUGCUACUUGUGUCUUUGGUGGAACAUCUAUGCUAUGUCCAUGAGCAGAACCCGCACCGCUCCAAGCAUCUGUUCAAAUUGCUCUGCCAGACCUUCGCCAGAACGGGCCUUCUCACCCCGUUUGCCUUCAGCGAUGAGUUGAGCACAGUCAGACUGCAGCACAGCACCGCCAUCACCGAGCUGCUGAGGGCCGCUAAACGACACAUGUACAAGGAGGAAAUAACCAGCGGUGACCUGAGCGUCCAUCUGAACAGAGCGAAGGAUGUGCUCGCCGAUGCCCAGGUAUCCCGAUACCUGAAUGAGUUUGAAGAAAUUGCUCAGCUUGGAAAAGGAGGCUACGGGAAGGUGUAUAAGGUGAGAAACAAAUUAGAUGGUCAGUUCUACGCCAUUAAAAAAAUCCUCAUAAAAAAAGUAUCCAGGAGAGACUGUAAGAGGGUACUUCGUGAAGUUAAGGUAUUGGCCGGAUUACAUCAUCCUAAUAUUGUUGGGUACAAUACAGCUUGGAUGGAACAUGUGCAGCCACCGAAUUCAAAAUGUAAGCCGAUCCAUCCAUUACAAGCUAUUAAAGGUUCUUCCAACCACAACUCUGAGGAGAAUAAUAAGGGAAUACAAAGUGUAGAGAGCAGCGGGGGAUCUAUUGUCUUUGCUGACUCAACUGAUGAAAACCAGUCCGUGAACAUGGCUUCCGUGGGUAAAGACAAGUAUGAAAGCAAGAUCAAGAACCUCAGUAUUUCUGACAUGAACCCAUCUGCAUUUAAAGACUCCAAUGCCAACGUCCGGUCCUCACCAGAACUGUGCCCAAGGGACAGAUGCCCGUUCAAUUCUGAAGAUGACAUGGAUGACGAGAGUGAUUCCUCGUGUGAUGAAGAAUGCCCCCAAAAAGAGCUCUGCUUGCACAGACACUUUGAGAUUCAGUAUCAUUUGAUGUUGCACAUACAGAUGAAUCUCUGCGAAAGGUCCUUGUGGGAUUGGAUUGAAGACAGAAACGAGCACUACAGGAACGGGAGAGAUUCCGCUAGAUGCUUUGACUUUGUGGAUGUCCAGAGUGCUCUGAGAAUUUUCUGCCAGCUCUUGGAAGGCGUACGAUACAUCCAUUCCAUGGGCGUUCUCCAUCGAGACUUGAAGCCGAGAAAUAUUUUCUUACAAGGAGCAGAUCUUCAUGUUCGUAUUGGUGACUUUGGUCUCGCUUGCAGAGAUAUUAUACAGCACUCGGAUUCUUGGCUAAAGAAAGAUGGGACCAAUAAUUCAACACACACGUCAGGAGUGGGCACCUGUAUGUAUGCCGCACAGGAACAGUUAAAAGGCUCACGCUAUGAUUUUAAGUCUGAUAUGUACAGUGUUGGCGUUAUAUUACUGGAGCUCUUCCAUCCAUUCUGGACGGAGAUGGAAAGGAACAACGUUUUAUCGGCUCUCAGCACCGGGAUCAUCCCGGAAUCAUUUGUGUCUCGUUGGCCGGUGCAAAGUAAAUACGUUAAGUUACUGACCAGCGCUGACUGUUCACUACGUCCAUCUGCUGACGAAAUGCUGAGAGGCGAGCUGUUCCUUGAGAGGGAAAAUCUGGUUCAGGAUCUUCAGCAGAAAGUUAUUUUCUUAGAGGAGGAGAAUGAGAGACUGAAGAGGAGCCUGGAGUUAUUACAGGGACAGAUAUCGAGCAGAGACGCUGACCUCCAGCUUUAGAUCAUGUUGCUGUCUGUUCAUUACAUUUUUAUUGUAAAUUAA